UUUUAAAUAUAAUAAUUUAGUAAUAUAACAUAAAAUGCGAAAAAUAAUUGUCACUUCAGAUUUUUAUCGUUUGAAUUUUUUUUUUGGUACAAAUACAGAUCAGCAGUAAUUAGGGGAAAAAAAGAAAGAAAGAAAUGAUGCAGAAACUAACGAGGAAAUGGAGAAAAUCGUCGGCGGAUGCCGACGGCGGCGACGAAUACUCUCUUCCUACUCGCGACGAUUCCCGUCCGAUUGACACCCAAGAGCAAGAGGAAUUGGUUCGAUCCUUGGAGAAUAGUCAAGCUCACCAGUCUCUUAUAUGGAGAACUGUUUUUGCUGGAUUUGUUUCAUGUUAUGCUUGUUUCCUCAUCUAUUCAAUCUAUCAACAGGCUUUCUCUCCCUGGGAAUUGCGGUACCAUGCUUAUUUUAUGUACGAGGUUGGUCCCGGGAGCAUUGUAGCUGCAGAAACGGCAGCUGUUCUAGUGUGCUUAAUGGUCAUCACUGGGUUGAUGCACAACUCAAGACGCCGCCUUUGGCUUUGGUACUCUUUUGUACCUGGUACAUUGUUAGCGGUCUUCUGGUUGCACCACAUGCUCAGAUUGGCAAAGUUUAGGUGGGAUAUCGUGUGGCUUCCGUUGACGCCACUUGGUGGAGCUGGAAUAUGCCUUUAUGUGGACUAUUUACUCAACCAGUCAUCUGAAGAAGUCAGGAAACUCCGCGGAUAUAUGUAUUCGUACAAGGCUUAUUGACAAAAUUAUGCCCCCACUGACUCAGGCUAAAACGGAUGUCGCGUGUACAAAUAGCUAGCUGUCGCAGUUUUUGGGAUCCAUAUUGUGAUUGCAGCAAAUUGUCAUAAUGCCAGUAAGAAUCUUGUCAAAUAUGCGUCCGCCAACGUAAAAUGACCCUGAAAAAAAAUACAGUACUCGAUAUAUAUAUUUGCAUUAAGUGUUAAAUCAUUCAAAAUUCAAGUUUUUAAUUUAGAAUACGACAAGUUAACUUUCA